AUGGUGAAAAUUAAAAAAAGCAGUAUGCUGUUUUGGAAGAAGGAUAUAAAUAAAGAGUUGCGUCUUUAUAAUUUUUUGAAUGGUCUAUUUUGUGUUAGUGGGAUAUAUUUUUUUUUUGUAAUAUUUGGGUAUUAUCAAGAAAAAUUACCAAAUUUAGGGAAAGAGAAAGAAAAAUUUUAUUAUAAUAUAUUUUUAAUAUAUGUCCUAUGUUUAUCAAAUAGUAUAUGUAGCUUAUUUGCAAUAUUUAUUAAGAGUAAAUUAAAUAAUGAAAAUUUUAUUCCAUAUUUAAAAAAUAAAGUGGAUAUGUAUUUUAUAAAGCAAAUAAUGUUAAUAUCAAUUACUUAUUCAAUAGCAAUGAUAGCAACAAAUUAUUCAUUAAGUCAUGUUAAUUUCCCAACUCAAGUUCUUGUAAAGUCAGGUAAAAUGAUACCAAUAGUAGUAGGGGGUUAUUUAUUUUUCGGAAAAAAAUAUCCUUAUUAUGAUUACAUUUCUGUAUUUUUAAUUACAUCAUCAUUAGUAGUAUUUAAUUUAUUAAGAACAAGAACUCCAAAAGAAGUUAAUCAAACAACCUUUGGACUUUUACUUUUAUCUAUAUCAUUAUUAUGUGAUGGUUUAACAGGACCAAGACAGGAUAAAUUAUUAAGUAAAUAUAAUGUGGACUCAGUCAAUUUGAUGUUUUUUGUCAAUAUUUUUGCAUUUAUUUUUAAUUUAAUUGCAUCAUUAAUAAUUGAAGGUUCCAAGCCGUAUAACUUCAUAAAUAAAUAUACUGACUCGUAUUAUUAUAUAUUAGCCUUUUCAAUAAGUGGAAGCUUAGGUCAAUUUUUUGUUUUUUAUUCUCUUAAAGUGUACGGUAGCUUAUAUACUAGUCUUUUCACAACUCUCAGAAAAGCAUUAAGUACAGUUGUAUCGGUGUAUUUAUUUGGUCACGUUUUGAAACCUUUGCAAUGGGGAUGUAUUUCUGUCAUAUUCUCAACUUUGAUCAUACAAAAUUACCUGAAGCAACAAGCGAAGAGAGUUCAUGCAAAAAGCAAGUAA